ACCCCUUUAUUUCCCCUACUCACUCCGGUGGUGAACUCUGUAGUAGUAGUAGCAGUAGUAGUAGUAGUUGUUCUCUGCUACUAACUCUUACUCAACACCAUGAUCACCUGGGCAGAUCUCUACACAGUCCUCACCGCCGUCGUUCCACUCUACGUCGCCAUGAUCUUGGCUUACGGCUCCGUCCGCUGGUGGCGCAUCUUCUCACCGGACCAGUGUUCCGGUAUCAACCGCUUCGUCGCCAUCUUCGCCGUUCCUCUCCUUUCCUUCCACUUCAUCUCCACCAACAAUCCUUACACCAUGAAUCUACGCUUUGUCGCCGCCGAUACCCUUCAGAAGCUCAUCGUCCUCGCCGCUCUCGCUGUCUGGGCUCGCCUUGCCCCUUCGGGCAACCUCGACUGGGCCAUCACCAUCUUCUCUCUUUCCACUCUUCCCAAUACCCUCGUCAUGGGGAUUCCUCUCCUCAUCGCCAUGUACGGCGGCUUCUCCGGCUCUCUCAUGGUCCAGGUCGUCGUCCUUCAGUGCAUCAUCUGGUACACUCUGCUCUUGUUCCUCUUCGAGUACCGUGCUGCUCGGCUUCUCAUCGCUGACCAGUUCCCCGGUGACGCUGCUGCUUCCAUUGUCUCCUUUCACGUGGAUCCUGACGUCGUUUCCCUCGACGGUGGUCGUGAUCUCAUCCAGGCCGACGCUGAGGUCGGCGGCGAUGGCAAGAUCCACGUCACCGUUCGCAAGUCCACAUCCUCGAGACGAUCCUUCUCCAUGAUGACCCCUCGUCCAUCGAACCUCACCGGCGCUGAGAUCUAUAGCUUGAGCUCUUCGCGCAACCCCACUCCCCGUGGCUCCAACUUCAAUCACUCCGAUUUCUACGCCAUGGUCGGCGGUGCUCCCCCGCUCCGGCCUUCCAAUUUCGGCCCCGCCGAUCUCUACUCUCUCCAAUCUUCCCGUGGCCCGACUCCUCGCCCGUCCAACUUCGAGGACCCGCUUCACGGCUGCGGGUCACCGAGGUUUGGCCACUACCCGGCUCCCAACCCGGAGAUCUCAUCAGUAACAAAGAAACCACCAGCACCGCCACCAGCUCCGGCGCCACACAGGGCAGCGCACCACGAUGCCAAGGAGCUCCACAUGUUUGUCUGGAGCUCGAGUGCUUCGCCGGUGUCGGAGGUCGGUGGACUCCACGUCUUCGGUUCCACUCCAGACCCUGCCGGCCGGCCGGACCUUGGCGGAGCCAAGGAGAUCCGCAUGAUCGUCCCUGCCGAUCACCCUCCCAACGGCCCAUCCAAAGGAGCCAUACCUGAAGGCGAGGAUUACGGAGGUGGUGAUGACAUCAGCUUUGGAGGAGGUAGAGGUCUCGAAGACGAAGACGAAGAGAAGGAGAGAGAACAAGGUGGUGGGCCCGAGGGGCUCUCUAAGCUUGGCUCGAGCUCCACAGCUGAACUCGAUCCCAAGGGUGGCGGCGCCGGAUCAGGACCGUCCGAUGCGAAGCAACACCUUCAUCAUCACCACCCCAACCAUCACGAACAUCAUCAUCAACAGAUGCCACCUGCGAGCGUUAUGACCCGUUUGAUCUUGAUCAUGGUCUGGCGCAAACUCAUCCGCAACCCCAACACUUACUCUAGCCUCAUCGGCCUCAUUUGGUCCCUCGUUUCAUACCGAUGGAAUAUUGCGAUGCCGAAGAUCAUCGAGAAGUCGAUCUCGAUCCUCUCCGACGCCGGGCUCGGCAUGGCCAUGUUUAGCCUGGGGUUGUUCAUGGCGUUGCAGCCGAAGAUAAUCGCGUGUGGCAACUCAGUGGCGACAUUCGCAAUGGCCAUUAGAUUUCUGACUGGACCGGCGGUGAUGGCCGCCGCCUCCAUCGCCGUAGGCUUACGUGGCGUUCUGUUACACGUGGCGAUUGUGCAGGCGGCCCUCCCUCAAGGCAUCGUCCCUUUCGUCUUCGCUAAAGAGUACAAUGUCCACCCUGCCAUUCUUAGCACCGCUGUCAUAUUCGGGAUGUUGAUAGCACUGCCAAUCACGCUGGUCUACUACAUUAUUCUAGGACUAUGACUGGCUUUCAAAGAUGAAAAUGAGAUAUAAAUUAUCUCUCUGAAAUCACAUGGAAAGAAAAAGAAGGCAGCCAACGUGUGACCACAUUCAUGGAAAAGUACAUCAUCUCACAACACAACUAAGACUUUUGGUUUGGCUGGUGAGUAUUGUACUCUGGUUGGCUCUUUUGAAUGACUUGUGGACAAUGUUCAAACUCAAGCUUAAAAGAAAACCCCUCCAAACAAAUUGAUGAAAAUUUUAACAAGUCUUUGAUGGGAGAGAUGGAGCAAAGAUGACAAGAUGGUUCCUUUUUUUAAUUAGUAUUAUUAUUAUUAUUAUUAUAGUUUUUUUUUCAGUUGUAGCUUGUCUUUUUGGAGUCUAUAUUUAUUUAUAGACAUACACACAGAAUCGCCUUGGUAGGGGAUCUGAGAAAUCUAAUCCUUUUGUCUUCUUUCACUUUUUUUUCAUUUUCUUUUCCAAAAAAGAAAGAGAGUGGCUACGUAGGUUCCCAUGCACAAUAUAUUCUCACAAUUUCAUCAAUUGACUUGGAACUUUGAACUA